CUGUCUGAAAAAAUUACUGUCUAAUUUGAGGUCAAUUUUUACACCUUCCCGGCAUUCAAAAUAAAAAGUUAAUAAAAUACCUACGACUGCCUGAACAAAGAAUAAAAUCUCUGAAAUUGCCUGAAACUGGACAAAUUUUUCUUCAGACAUUUGAGAUAAUUUUUUACUUAUUCCAGGCAUUCAAAGAAAAAUAUUUUUAAAGCACAGUUGGCUUUAGCAACUUGAGAAAAUAAACGUUUGUUGCUCAUCAGAAAUUUGCCUCCUCUCGUACAAAUCUGUAUAGAAUUAUUUUAUUACCCUUAGCAAUUCUUCUUUAUUGGUCAUCCUCUUGUUCGUGGUGUUCUUUGUUCUUAUCGCUUUGCAUUUCUCUACUCUUUUUCAUUGUUGAUUGUGUUUGAGAAUUUAGUCGUUGAUGUCUGAUUUCUUUUGGCUAUAAACUAUGAAUGAUCUCGUUUAAGAUAUUGACAUCUUGGUCUGUGUUUUUCUCGCUUUCGAGGAUAGUAUUGAUAUCAUCUUGAAAUGUCUCUGUAUUUUUAGGGCCUGUCCAAGUAGAUGUGCAUUUUUUUUAAAUUAUACGAUACCUCUGUUUUCCAAGAUCUAUUUCUGUAAAGGAUCCCACCACUCUGUGGUUUUGGUGAUGAUAAAAGCAAAUUUUUGUAGAAGAAGCCCUUUAUUUUAAAUAGAUUUUUUAGAAUAGGUUUACUUACUUAAGCGUUUUUUAAUUAAUGCAUAGGGCUUUAACGGAAAUCGAGCUAUAAAGUGGAAUUUAAUUUUUUUCCCAGAAAAGCAUUCCUACAUAACCCACCACCAAGUCAAUCUAGUGCUUAUAACUUAAAAAUUAAGAAACCCAGAUGUUCAAAAAUGUUCUAAAAAAAAUGUAUUAGAUAUAAAUCGUAACAUUUAUCCGCAAACUCCUGCUGAAAAAAAAACCAGUCACACGUGAUAUAAUUCUGGUGUCAAAAAAUCACAAAUAAGAGUGCCAAAUCGCUUAAUGGCAAAUUAAAUUUUCCGCCCAGUCUUGUUUACUAAUGUUCGAAAAAUUGAUAUUUCAAUUUCGAUUCUCUAAAAAUACUCACUGUGCAAUAUCGACAAUUUUCAGUUUAAAAAUCUGUUGUGUGACGUAAACCUAUUGUGUCCUCGACCGAUUUAUGAGGGAAGGAGUGAAUAUAUUUUAGAUACCUUAAUAGUCAAAUCCUUCUCCCACUUUUACAGUGUGUUACCAAGUGUCCAUUAAAAAUUUACUUAAGAAAUCGAAAUCAAACAAAUAUUUGCAUAAAAUCCUGGCAAUUUUAUGAUUGAAAUGUUCGCAUGUUUCGAUUUAUAUUUAGUCUAAAAGUGUUUAAGUGAUCUGGCGCCCACGUACAUUCGCUCGUUUCAAGUACAUAAAUGUGAAAAACUCUUGGGAACAUGUGCGAUAACGACGAGGGGAUUAUCGGGAGAACCUCUGGCGAUCAAAGUGAACAUAUAGAACUGGAUAUUUUUGUUAGUGAUAGAAGGAUGUCUUCCAGGCAUGUGAGGGACAAGAGGAGAAAUCCUUGUAUGAGAUUCCUUAGGACUUUAUGGGCCAAAUUUACCGAGACCAAAGAUAGAACUCAAGAUUUAGAUAGCUUAGAAUUGUAUUAUUUAAAUUCCGAAUUAGAAGACCUAGAAACCCCGCCACGAUACAGACCAGGAAGUUUAGAAUCGCUCUGUAGGGCCACCAGGUUCACUCAGGAAGAAAUUAAGAGGAUAUACAGAGGAUUUAAGGCAGAGUGUCCCACGGGAGUAGUGAGGGAGGACACCUUCAAGAUGAUUUAUGCUCAGUUUUUCCCUCAGGGAGCCAACAGUAGUCAAUAUGCUCAUUUUGUCUUUAAUACACUGGACCAAGACCAUAGCGGACUGAUCAGUUUUGAGGAUUUCGUCCAAAACCUCUCGAUCCUGUCGCGAGGGUCCCUAGAAGAAAAACUACGGUGGGCAUUCUCACUUUACGAUAUUAACAGAGACGGGUUCAUCACUAGAGAGGAAAUGACUGAUAUCGUCAGUUCUGUGUAUGACCUUAUGGGGAAAUUAGCUGAGCCUUGUAUAGACGAGGAUACCGUUAAAGAGAAAGUGGAUAGGAUAUUUCAGAAAAUGGACAAAAACCAAGACGGCGUUGUAACCCUGGACGAGUUCAUAGAAUGUUGCAAGACCGACAAGGACAUCUCGGCCUCAAUGGCGGUCUUCGACUCGUCCAUGUGACAUUCGGUAGGCCCGCGGCACAACCCGACUUAACACCAAUUGAAAAACCGACAUUUUAAAGGUCUAUAGACGGAUAGAUUUUCCUAUAAACUCGAUGUCCUCUAUAACCUUUAAAACUUUGCGCUUUUCUCAACAACUUAUCGAAUAUCCAAACCUUGACCAAUAAAAGAAAAUUUGUGAUUUUCGUCUUUCGUUUUGUUUAAGACCCCUUUACUGACGCCAUGACAUUAUUGAUGAUGUCCCGUUUAUGGCCCCACAAAAGUGAAAUGGCGUCAGUAAUAAGGAUAAGUGAUUAUUAUUAUGAAUCAAUAAUAAAACAAUAAAACAGCCGAGAUUAUAUGAACAGAAAUUUAAUAAAACAGUGUAUUAAAAGCUUUAUAUUCGAUCAAUAAGAGAUUUUAUGGUAUUUUAUCAAGAAAACGACCCUUUCUCCGUAUAUUUUCGCAAGGACAUAUGAACAUAUAAUGAUAGACAAUGUGGUAAAUAUAUCAAAACGUUACUUGACUGUAUAGAGUUUAUUAUACCGAUUUUGUUAAAGCGAAAUUAGAUACUUUUUAGAUCAUUUUCUUAUAGGCAUAUAAUAUGAUAUGGGUGUUAGUAUAUAUGAAACUUCUAUAGCAAAAUUCCAUAUAAAAAGUGAUUUUUUCUGGUGAAUUUUAAACAUAUCUAUAAUAAAAUUUUAUAUAAAUGUUCGUAAAAUGUUUAAAAUCAACUUUAUAUAAUAAUAAUAAUGUGCGUAAGCUGAAGAUUAUGUCUUUUUCCUCGAAACGUUUCCUUGCCACCCACACCCACUAAGACGAGUUCUGAUUGGUUGAAUUUUAUGUGUUAAAAGAGCUAUUACGUCACUCAUGUUAAUGAAAAUAAUUUGAGUGAGGGGGAGAGGGGAUCUAGAACUAGAUAGUACGGAAUACUAUAAUUACACUAUAUCCAUUAAUGAAGUUUAACGUUUAUUGCACCAAUGUGAGCUCCAGUUAAAACUUCAUCGGCUUUGACUUCAUUGAAAUUUCAGUGAACCAUCAUGAGUGUAAGACGAUUCACAUUUUGGUCCUAAGAGUACUGAACCUUUAAUAUUCUUUUUCUUACAAAUGGUUUAGGCCCUCGAAUAAAUUCAAAGUUUACAACAUAUCCAGGAAUUCUUCAUAAUUAACUCUUCCAAUGGAUGGAAUGCAUCAAUCGUUUCAGUUUUAGGAUCAUGGACUUGAUGCAUCCUAUUUCCAGUAAUAUUGUUCUUAGUUAAUGCAAGAAAACUCUUUAUUUUUAUGUAAAGUGACAUAGAAUCUGUAGGAGAUAAAAAUAUUUCGAAUAAUUAUAAAAUUCCAUUUUUUUUCUUAAAAUUUGACCACUACAAAACAACUAAGUAAAAAAAAUUGACGUCAAGUAAAAGUAAAGUGAUGAGAGAAAAUAAUCAGAGAAACAAGAAUGAUAAAAAGAGUCUUUAAUGUAAAUAUUUAAACGCUAUAGAAUGGACCAGAAAGAGCAAAAGCAGGAGAAAAAACGAACACGAUUUUUUCUGGAUAUAUUUAAGGAAAAUAACAUAAAUUUGUUAAAAAAUCGUUUCAAUUGCCUAUAAGAGAGAAAUGUUUAUUAUUUUUCUAUAAACUACUACUACUAACACAAAACUAAAAGUAAGAAAAGCAGAAAAAUACAACAGAGACAAAAUAACAGGAAGAAAUUGGUUAGAAUAAAAAAAGCAAGAGGAAUAGAAAAAUAAAGAAUUAUUAUUUUGAAUAAAAAAAAGGCAAAAAUUUAUCCAUCUCUCAUUUUCCCCCUUCUUCUUUUAUAUUUUUAUUAAGUGAUAUUGAACAAAAAAAAAUCAAAUAUAAGAUAAGAUCAGAAGGAAAAAAGAUUUACUAAUUAGAAUUUAAAAAUAGGUACCCUGUCGAUUGGCCUGUCACUGCUCAUAGGCAAUUCACUUAACAAAUCCAAGAAGACUUUUUUUUGUAUAUCACAGAAAUUCUAAAAAACUGUAUUCCCACUUGAGUUAAAAGUGCAGAUUACAAUAAUAGACAAUUUAUAGAUACUGUUAUUUAAAAUUUAAAUUACUUACAUUUUUUUAAUGAAAUUUGAUUGUUAUCUCUUGUCGCGGUUUUGCAUCUCGUAACAGCUGUCAUUCAUAUGUCAUUUAUUUAACAUAUCGUCGUUGUCACGGCAAUAUCUGCUAUGUUAAAAAACUUGUUUUUGUAGUAGAAAGGAAAACCUAGACCCUUGUAAUUGGCAGUGGACUUUUUAAACAUGUCAUAUUUUGCGUUUUUACCAAGAUGCACAUAGCUGGUAUUUCUCAAUAAAAAUUAAAAGAAAGCAAUAAAAAGAGUUUAGAAACCAGUUUAUUAUUUCAAAAUUACAUUGUAAUUAUUAGAGGUAUGAUGUAAUACAUACAUAGAUAGUAUUUAAAGAUGCGGCAGAGAAUCAUAAAAGGCAUGAUAAUCAUGUUCGAUUACUUUUUUUAGUUUUUGCAAGUGUUUGCAAGAACUAAAACUUGCAAAUUUUUGCUUUGUUAUUUUUAUUGGAGCUAAAUGUAGUUGCUGCGGUUCAGACGGAAGCUCUGUAGAUUGUAGUUUAUUGCGACUUUGACGAGGUUUUUCGAUUUCAAUCCGAUCAUCGCUGUGAUUCAAUUUGUACAUCAUGAUGCCGGAUGGCAAAUAUAAUAGUCCACGUAUAUCUGUUACUUUUGCGUCUCUUCCAGGUUUUAUUGAACCAAAACUGCCUUUAACAUUAUCGUAUUUUUUAAAAAAAGUAAAGUUUAAGUUAUGUGCCAUGUAUGGAUGAUGGUCUCUUGCCUGCCUCAUUCGACUGAUAUAGUCACAUGGCGCAUAAAUUGGGGGCUUAAGCGAGGAAUGAACUGAGUCAGCCUCAAUCAUUGUAUGCCCACGUUCUAAGAUGAGCUACUCUAUGGUAAUAUUUAAAUUUUUUGCUAAAUUAUUAAGGGCACUAGAAAGAAUCUUAUUGCGGUUCUGAUACCCGCUAUCAGAUGAUAUCAGAACAACAUGCUUGUAAGUUUUCUCUUGAAUAGCAUUUUCGAUGUAAUGAACAAUGCACGUUGUAAAUUCGUUUGAAGUUACACCGCCAUUGCUUUCGUGCCAAACAUAAAGAUCCACACUUUUGUCGUUAAGUGCGUAAACUGUAAAAUUAUGGAUUUGCAAUUUCUGUUUGUAAUAUACUGCAGACGCUUCCAACUUUGGCGCCAAAAGGACACUUUGCAAGUCCAUUGUUACAAUUAGCGUUUCAUUCGAGGCAGAUUCUUUUGCGCUUUUUUUAGCUUGCUCAGCCUCGUUUUUCUUCCUUAAGUGGUCAUUUUAUACAUUUUCUGGGACAUUACCUGUAUUCCACGAGCAACAUAGAUCACAUUGAUCCUUCCUAGGUUUGUGAAUAGCAAUUUUCUCAGCUUUUAAGAUAUUUGUAAAUAGUGUACGUGAUGCUGGUUUUGUGUUCUUUUCUGUGCAAAAAUUAACGUACACUUUAUAAAUAUGGAGGGUUGAUCUAAAUACAGAUUCAAGGUACAUUUUUGUAGAAGAGCUCCGACAAUAAUGGCUCGGGACCUUCGGUAAGUCUUUCAACCACUGACGGGCUUGAAUUUUCAUACAUUUUGUUACAUUUGAUUUGGCCUGAUUUGCAACAUAAUUUUCAUCCGAGUUUUCUUCACUGUCUAUAUCUUCUCGGUUAUUGCUUGAGUCUUCGGUUUAAUGAAAAUUGCUGGUCCAUCGUUCAAACAUAUUUCGUCCCAAAUUGAAAGUAUGAAGUAGCAUUGUUCUGCAUACUAACACUUUUUAACCUGAAACAACAGAACGAAUAAGAAAUGGUCAUUUUACUAAAAUAAACAAGAUGUUACCAGUUUCCAGUGGGAGAUAACAAGAAUGAGACUGUUUUUUACGAUUGUCUGUUUUAUUGCUAUUUUCUUUUCUCCUUCUUUUUAUAUCUGUGGUCGAAAUUAAACCUCUAAGGUAAGAUUUUCUUGAAACCCAAAAAUAAUCGAAUGCUUUCUUUCUUAGUUCUUCCGUUAUUUGAUGACACAGAAAACUCUUGCUUGUCUUUUUUCUAGAUGUUUCACUAUGACAGCAUCUACAUUUCAUACAUCCUUCCUUACUUUGUCAUGCCUUAUAAUUCCUUUUUUUGACCGAGUGUACCCUAUUUAGCUCUCACCUCUCAGUCUUUUUAACUUAGUUACUUCUCGGGAUUUUUGCAGCUUGUUUAUGGUGCUACUAGCUUCUGCAAGAAUUUCCCUCUCAUUUAGCAAAUUAUCAUGAUUUUCUUCUUCUAACAUUUCUAUUUCUACUUGGCCCUCAACGUCAUGAUUAAUAUUUUCGUCAUGUCCUGAGCAGUCUAAUACUUCUGACUUUUUAUUUCAUGUAGUACAUCAGGAGACAACAUAAAAUUUUCAUUAACUGGGACCUCAAAUAAUACAGUCGGUUGAGCAUCUGCAUUGACUACCUCAGAAGUUGUUUCAUGUACAUCUAUAACAUAAAAACAUAAUGACAAUGUACUAAUGUAAAGUUAAUAAUUAUCUUUAAUUUGACAAUAACGUAGGAAAAUAGCAGAUACAUAAUUUUUAAAUUUGUUGCCUUUUAUAUUGCAAUUUAUAUCCACAAAAACACCAACAAAAUACUACUUACGGAGUGUUAAUUCUUCAGGGUUAGAUUUAUUAAGGUUCUUUGAUAAUAGUUUGCGUAAUGGUUCAUUGUCAUCCGAUAAAUUUUCAUGAGCAGCUGCUUGAGACUUGCAACUACUCUCCUUGUUAGGGCCCUUGAUUCUUAAUAAUUUGCUUAGAGGUUCAUUAUCAUCUUCUGAAUCCGAUAAAUCGUCAUAAGCAGUUCGAAAAGCCUUACUAGUUGAUGCUUUAAAGAGAAGACCCAAAAACCAAAUUAUUUAAAAGCAACAAAAUAACUAAACAUCCAACUUACCAGAAUUGCGGUAAUUAUCUUUUAAAGCCAUUUUUACCAUUCAUUUUCCACGAGAACAUAUUUUUUAUUUGUUUCAUCGCGAAACACAACAACAAAUUAAAGCCCAACCUAAAUAUUGUUAUUAAACUAAAUAAAAUAAUGAACUUGCCUUUUUGAGGUUUUUUAAUAUCUGCUAUGUGACAAUUUUUUUCUAGUCACGUGGUAAGUUCUUGGCAGAAAUUUAUGUCAUGUGUUAGUCUUAGCACAUAGCAUUAAUUACAAUUUAGUGCUUCACAUAGCAUAUAUAAAAUUACUAUAUUUGCCGGUCUUCUGUAGAGAAAUAUGCACAUGGCAUAGUUUCGUUCCAUAGAAAACAUAGCGUAUAUUUCGAUGUGGCAAAUAGGUCAAAUUGGCGAAAAAUUCACAAAGCAGAUGUUGCAGUGACAACGACGAUAUGUCAAGGUCUUAUUUAUAUUUUCUUUAUAUUACAUUCACUCAUUUGCUUUUCUAGAUAAUCCCAAACUUUAGAACUGUAUUAAUAAUGGCAGCCGACGAUUUAAGUAAGUUUUCUUUUAAAUUAUUUACAAGCAAAAUUUGCAUUAUCCUUUGAAUUGAGGUUAUGAUACAUUUUAAUUUAUAUGUUUAUUUUGCUAUUGUUUAUUUCAUUUAGAGGCCUUUUCAGUCUUUAAUAUUGUCAGUGUCUAAACUAUUUAAUUAAACUUUACCUUAUAUGGUGAAAAUCAUUUCUUUUAUAUUUAUUUUUAACUUAACAAACACCAUCAUGUAGGUUGGUUUCAAUUGCCUGGAAGAAAGAGAGAUCUUGAUUAUUUUUCAAGCAGAAAAAGAGAGAAACGAGGACAAAACAACUGGAAAAAAUCGAUAAAAAGGGAAAAAUAAUAUUAUUAUUAAUAUUUGAUGAUGAUUUUCCUCUUUACUAUUUUUUACAAUUCUCAAUACCACAUCCUUUUAUUUUCCUCCUUCUUCUUCUCCCUUCUUAUUAAGUAGAUUAAGAGAUAUUAAACAAAGAGCAAUAAGAAAGAAAAUAGGAAAAAAUUUCAAUAAUUUUCAAAAACAGAGGAACAUUUGAGAAAAGAAAAAUCAUUUAAUAGAAAAAAGGAAGAUGAAACAUUUUUUCUGAAUUUUUUGAGGAAAUUAUGUAAAAUAAAUUUGCUAAAAAUGGAUUCUACUGCCUGGAAAAUAGCAAUGUUGAUUAUUUUCCAGGUAGAAAAAUAAUGAAACUAAGAACAAAACCAAAACCAUCCAAAGCAGAAAAAGAGAGGAAUAAAGACAAAAUAACAGAAAGAAAAAUUAAAGAAUUUAAAAAUUGACUAGAAUAAGAAAAGGGAAAAAUGUAUUCAAUCUCUCUGUUUUUUCAAUCGUGCACUCUCCUGUAAAACGGUUUUUUUUGUUCUUUUAGAUGUUUAAAUCCUAAUUUUAAAAAUUUAAGUGACAUCUUCUUCCGUUUUCCUUCUUGUUCUUUUCUCUUCUUAUUAAGAAAUAUUUAAAAAAAAUUAAAUAAAAGACGUGAUAAUGCUUAGAGGGGAGAAAAAGAUAUAAAUAUGAUAAAAAAAAUCAAAAAUAAGAAAAAGAAAAGCAAAGAAACAUUUGAAAAAGAAGAAAAAGAACUGAAAAAAAAUUGAAGACAAAAUGAGACCUAAGAAAUAGCGAUUAUAUCAAAGAGAGAAUAGUACUAGGGAGGAAAAGUAUAAUAAAAAAAAAUUGAACUGGUGGUGUUUCUCGAUAUAUGUUUAUAAAGAAAAUGUAAUUCGGGACAUCCUGAUGGCAUCAAAUAUAUAUCAUCAAAUCAUAGCUAAUCUGUCAUUUUCUUUCUUCAGGUUAACCUUUUUCUCUCUCUCUUCCUCGUUGAUGGCAAAAAUUCGUGGCGAAAUAUUUGCAGUCCUGGAGGAUGAUGGAUGAAUAGAGAAUUUCAAAAAACCCGAAUAUUUCCAAAAAUUUCGUUAAAUUAAAGAAUUGAAAUUUUUCACUUAUUCACACUCCGUCAUUCUGUUCAACUUCGUUAUUUUUUAGUACGGUCCUGUACUUUUUAUUUAUUAUUUAUUUUAGCACAUAAUGUGUUAAUGUCAAUGUCCACACAGGAGAAAGAUACAGCUAUGCCAAAAAUAAUGUGUAAUUAUUAAUUAAUUCUUAACAUUGCUAUUAACACCCUGUACAUUAAAUUAAACUCCAAAAAAUCAACAGUUUAUUCCCAUUUUUAGACUUCAUUAAAUGGCAGGUGACAUUGACAGGGGCGGCAAAUUUAAAUUUGAAAAUGCCAUAACCUAUUUAUCGUUAAUUUAUUUUAAUUAAAGCACCCACUAAAAUGAUUUUACCGAUCAGAAUAAGUCUUAGUGACAAGACAACUUCAUACUUGACCUCCAUAUUCUCAGGCUUACAUCAUCCCCCAAAUUUAAGAUAUAUGCUGCAAAUUAAGAAAAUUAAUAAAUAAUAACAUGUUAGACGCUCUCUAAGAUAUAGUAGUUGAUGUUUAAAUGUAUUUUAUCUAAACCACGCCAAACCCCGUUGUUGUCCCUCGUUUACAAAAAAAUAAAUAAAACAACCUCUAUUAUUCUAGCCUAUAUACGCUCACGAGAAUCGUACUUCCUUACUUAAUUUAGAUAAUUUUUUAACGUAAGUUAAUUUAGUUUAAUUAAAUUGUGGAGCGUCGGUCCGUUAUUAGUUGGGGCCAAAGCUCUACAAUGAAAAAAAAAUGAUGAAUUUGUCAAAGAUGUCCAUUUACCUCAGCGUUAGGAGUUUUGUAAAUAUGGGAAUUGAACCUAAAUAGAUUUUAUGUAUGUCACUAUAAUAAAAAAUGUUUAUAGGUAUAAUAAAUUAUAUAAUUUUACAAAA